GGGCCGGCGCUCAGAGGGGAGGGGAGGGGCCAGAAAAGCGACACGGGCCUGGCGAGAAAGAAAUCUCGACAAGGAAGACUUGUUAAACCAUCUGCAAAACCGGAGGAAACUGAUACUAUGCACAAUGCAGCUGUGAAAGAUGAAGUACCGGGUCUGAUUAGUUCUCAUUCAGAACUCGGGGAGGGGAACGACGCGGCGGGCGCGCCUGUCGGCUAUACAGACUGCAUCCCCGGCUCCGGUGGCUGCUCUGUGGUAACAUCUGACAAUUUUAAAGCAAAAGACAGCUUUAGAACUGCAAAAAGUAAAAAGAAAAGACGAAUCACGAGGUAUGAUGCACAGCUUAUCCUUGAAAAUAGCUCUGGGAUCCCUAAACUGACUCUUCGUAGGCGCCAUGAUAGCAGCAGCAAGGCGAACGACCAAGAAAGCGAUGGAAUGAAUUCGUCAAAGAUCAGCAUCAAAUUAAGUAAAGACCAUGAAAAAGAUAACAAUUUAUAUGUAGCAAAGCUAAACAAUGGGUUUAACUCAGGAUCAGGCAAUAGUUCAACAAAACUAAAAAUACAGCUGAAGCGAGAGGAAGAAAGCAGAGGGGUGUACCCCGAGGACCUCCGUGAGAACGGGGUGUGCUGUGGCGAAACUCUGUCGCUUUUGGAGUCACGGAUGGAAGUAGAUGAUUAUGGGCACUAUGAAGAGGAAACAGCAGAUGAGUCCUCAUCAGAGGAGGAUGAUGAAGAGGAAGAUGACUAUGAUGAUGAAUUCGAUGACUUUAUUCCCCUUCCUCCAGCAAAGAGAUUAAGGCUUAUUGUUGGCAAGGAUUCAAUAGAUAUUGAUAUUUCUUCCAGGAGGAGAGAAGAUCAGUCUUUAAGGCUCAAUGCAUAAGCUUAUAGGUCUUAAACUGACCUGGAUGUCAUUUUUAAAAAA